AUAGGUAUAGGUUGUAAAAAUUAAUAAUAUUUUAAUAAAAACUUAAAAACAUUUUAUGACCACAAAUGACCCGAUUCACGGAGUUUAGGAGGUUUAUAAAUGGCGAGAUGACAAAAAGAAAGUCAUUAGCACUCAUCAAGUGGCUCCAGAAGAAGAAUUUGCUCAAAAGAAAAAUGAAGUGUAAAAGCUGUCAUCGGUUCAUGAAGCUGAAGACAAGAUCAAACACUGGAGAUCAGUAUGCCUGGAUUUGCAGCCAUCCAGAACACCAGGGGAGGCCCAAACACACAUCAAUUAGAAACAAGUCAAUCUUCUCCAGAUCCAAAGUAACCUUAAGAAAGUGGAUAACUUUUAUGUACAGAUUUGCCCAGGGCCUAAGGUUGAGGCAGAUUGACAUGAUGGACGACUCUAUUGCUGCCAGUUCCACAACACUGAGCAGAAUGGCCAAAACAAUAAGGAACAUCUGUGUGACAGCAGUUGAGAGGAUGAGAAGACGCACAGGUCAACUUAUUGGAGGAGCACGGGAGUUUGUGGUCAUUGAUGAAAGCCAUUUUCGGCACAAGAGAAAGUAUGGAAGAGGACGAAUGGCUGGUGGAUGGAAGAGAAAAAAGUGGGUCUUUGGGAUGUUGGGUGUCAAACAUGAUGACCAAAGAAACCACAAGCCUGUUUUGCGUGUUGUGGAGCAAAGGUCCAGGAGGCAUUUAGUUCCUUUGAUUGCUCAUCAUGUGAGGUUGGGGUCAUCAAUAAUCAGCGAUCAGUGGCGUGCCUACAGAACUCUCACUGCUUUAGGGUACAACCAUCACACAGUUAACCACAGCAUGUUUUAUGUGGACCCCAACACAGGCGCACAUACACAACACAUAGAGCGGGCAUGGAGGUCAUACAAAGAGCAGGUCUGGAGGCUUAGGGGGAAUCGCACUGACACUUUGCUUUCCGAUCACCUUGCUGUCAUAGAAUGGAAUGAAUGGCUUGCAAAGAAACAUCCAGGUGGGUCAUUUGGAAGAUUAAUACAUGACAUUGCAAGAAAGUAUAAAUAAUGUUGUAAAGCAGUGGUUCACUAACUUCACACUCCAAGUACCACAUACAAAAAUGUCUGUCAAAAUCUAAAUUAGAACAAAUGCAGUGUAACACUGAAAACUGCCUGAAUAUGUUCUGUAACAUGGUAUGUGUACAGCCGUUUAAAAAAACACUGUUCUAAAGAAAAACACAGCUGUUCAGUGUUUUAGUGUUUCAGAGAUUUAUUUUACAUGUGUCUUUACUUAUUUAGUAUUGUUUUAUUUAUUAGAUUAGGAAAGCAACUGUCUUAAUUGACUGUGAUACAUAUUUUUGUAUUUUUAUGAAUGCACAAUGGAAAUUUUGUUGCUUCUGUUGGCAUGGUCAAUGUUUUGAUUAUUAUUAUUUUUGUAAUAUUUGUACCAAAUUUAAAUACAAAGAAUAUGUUCAUUUCAGUGUCAUGGAUUGAUUUUUGGGUGAUACAUUAAUACAGUGAUAGUACUUUAUAAUAGCUACACCUUAUUUAACAUAAAUAGCUUAACUAAGUAUUAGCAUAUGCCUGAAUUAAUAAUGCAUUGCAGGAUGUAGUUAGACCUUCCUUAAUCAUUAAUACAUGUCUAAAUGAUGUUGUAAAAGGGACUUGUGGCAGUUCAGUGUCAGUCCACCUUAACAAAUACUUAAUAAAGCAUAAAUAGUUUUCACUUUAGAAGCAUUCACAAAAAUGCAUUAAUAAACUAUUAUUAACUGUCUGCAUAAGCAUAUAUAUGGGCAUUUACAAAGCAUUAGUUUAUGGUUUAUUAAACAUGAAGAAACCAGUUAUUCAUGUGUUAUUCAUGUUUUUAGUCAUUAGUAGCAAAGCACUAAGUAAUGUGUUAAUUAAUA